GCGUAGGAGAUACCACGUGAAUGAUUAAUCAGCUCUUGCAACACCUGUAUUUCUUGUAUUUCUUUUACAAGAGCUAUAAAUUGCUAUGUAAGCGAGCAGGGUUUUCAAAUCCUAGAACGUGCUCUCAGAAAGCUCCUUUAAAAGGCACAUAAGGAGAGUAGAUUUCUGUUUCCAGCUUUCUGAGUUCCAGGCAAUCCAGGUAUUAAUUAUGAUGGCAAUGUUGCUUCACGUUGGAGUACUAAUAACAGCAUUUUUAAGUAGUCACGUGGAAGGAAAGAGGGAUCCAGUACUGUACUGUGGAGCCUGCAGGGCAUUGGUAGAUGAGCUGCUGUAUGAAAUUAGAAAAGUUAACCCAAAGAAGACAGUUGACGUAGGGUCAUUCAGGAUAAGUCCGGAUGGAACACAAGAACAGAAUAAGGUACCCUUAGCCAAAUCUGAAUUGUACCUGACCGAAGUUUUGGAAGAAAUAUGUGAAAAAAUGAAUGAUUAUGGACUCUACGUGGACCCUACGACUCGGGAAAAAUCCUAUAAAAGAUUCGCUCCUAGAGAUAACGAGGGUAUUGGCUCAGUGGAUUUCCAGAAUUUCCAGUUCAAUCCUGAAGAGUCAAACUCUCUCAAAUAUGCGUGUGAACGAGUAAUAGAGGAGCAUGAAGACGAAGUGUUAUCAGUUAUCACCAAGGAGAGUGAUAAUCUGGCUGACAAGCUAUGCACUGAGGAAACAGGUCUAUGUAAAGAAUUCCUGCGCAGUGAAUUGUAGAAGGUUUUGAAAGUUUUCCAGAGUCUACAAUCAAAAAUCUGAACACUAUAAAUUUCUUGUAAAGUAUUUUCUGUUUCUGUUCUUUUUUUUUUUUUUAACAUCUGGUCAUGUUUUAUAUAUGUUUUAUGCCCUUGUGUGAAUCCACAAGCUAAAGUUUUGUUCCAUAGUUGUUAUUUUCUUUUUAAUACACCUUCCUGCACACUGAAGAACCUAAAGUUGGACUAUUUCGUUCUAUUUAGUGCUGCACCCAAAAUCUUUCGGCUGUAUUCAAAGAUUAAAAAAGUGUCCUUUAAACAGAG